GGGGCGCGGGCGCGCGUGGCCCCCGGGAUGAGGCCGGAGUUGGGGGAGCGUCCCGGGUCCCGGGCGCGUCGCGGUCUCGGGAGGCGCCGAGCGGAGCGCGGGUCAGGCGGGCCCCGUGCUCGGAGCGCCUCCCUCGCUCUCCGACUUUCUGGGACCUUUCCCGCGCACCCCGCUUCGCCCACCCGCGCACACAUGACAUGGCCCGGCCGGCGUGGCCCCAGAGAACCCCCACCCUCACUCUGGCCUCAGCCCACGCUGGGCCGGGGCAGAUCCGGGCUCGCUCUGGACUCGGGCCACGCGGGGGCGGCCUUGGCCUCUUCCCCCGCGUGUCCCAACCUGCUUCCUUGGUGCGAGUCCCCCAGGACUUCCCCACGGGCGGAGCGGGGCACGAGCGAGUUCCCCUGACCGCCCCCCGGUCAGAACAGCCCAGGACAGAAGCGGGCAGAGGGGCGGGGGUUGGCGCUCUCCCAUCCCCGCUCCGCCCCUCCCACCCGCCUGCGAAGAGGGGAGACCUGGCCAGAAGGCAGGAUGGCCAGACGGGUGGGGACAGACAAGGGCCCCUUUCCUGGUCACCCUGGAGCAGUGGUCAGGGGCCAGGGUGGGGACAGGCCGAGUGAGGGAAGCCUCCUGGCCUCCCUGCUGACGGCCCGGGGCCGGAGGAGGCGGCGGCCAGCGGUUGUUUGCUGUUCCCAGAGGGAGGGACCGGAUUUGGCCUGGAGAGCCGCUGGCCUGGCCGGGAGCCGAGGGGCUUCCUGCCGCCGCCGCCUCCCAGGAGCCCUCAGCCCUCGGUCCACCCCAGCGAGGGCUCCUGCCGGGGGUGCAGGGCAGGAGACAGCCCCCGGGUCCUCCUGCCCACCCUGCUGCCAGGUUUGCCCCCAGCUGCCCUCCCGCUGGGUGGACAGUCCUGUAGAUGAGGCGGAAAAAUGCGCUGCCAGCCUGGGCGGCUGGGCUCCUAGCAGGAAACAAAGGCGCUCAGACCCGCUGGCGGCUGUCCUGGCCGGAGGCGCUGGCGGCGGAGGGGGGGCGGGAUCCUGCCCACCGCCCAGCAGGCUGCGCCCCAGCACCCUCUCCUCAGUAGCCGACACCUGAGUGUGAGCAGAGUGGGACGGGGAUACUGUGCCUUUGUGUCCCCAACAAUGGUGCGGCCAGCUGAGAAGGUGAGCUCGCUGGGCAAGGACUGGCACAAGUUCUGCCUGAAGUGUGAGCGCUGCAGCAAGACGCUGACGCCCGGGGGCCAUGCCGAGCAUGACGGGAAGCCGUUCUGCCACAAGCCCUGCUAUGCCACGCUGUUCGGACCCAAAGGUGUGAACAUCGGGGGUGCCGGCUCCUACAUCUACGAGAAGCCCGCUGUAGAGGGCCCACAGGUCACUGGCCCCAUCGAGGUGCCCGUGGCCCGAGCGGAGGAGCGGAAGGCGAGUGGCCCCCCAAAGGGGCCCAGCAAAGCCUCCAGCGUCACCACCUUCACUGGGGAGCCCAACAUGUGUCCUCGCUGCAACAAGAGGGUCUACUUCGCACGAUGGCCAGCCCUACUGCCACAAGCCCUGCUACGGAAUCCUCUUCGGACCCAAGGGAGUGAACACUGGAGCUGUGGGCAGCUACAUCUACGACAGGGACCCCGAGGGCAAAGCCCAGCCCUAGGAUCCUGCCUGCCCAGGGCCCACUGCUGGGCCCCGGGGGGACCGUGCCCAGCGGCCCAGUCCUGCCUCAGUUGGUCCGGGCCCAAGUCCGGGGCCUGCGUGUUGGGGGAGGAGGACGCCCACGGGCUUCUCCAGAAGAGGCCGCCACCCAUGUCCCUAGAGGCGCCUGCCUGUGCCCGCACCGCGACCCCCUUGUGUGUCCUUGGGCCUCCCUGCCUGUGCGACCCACGUGUCUUCAUGUCUGUCUCCUGGCCCCGCGUGUCCCCACGGGCCUGGGCGAGCCUCACACUCCCCCUCCUGCUGCCCACGCCUCCCACUGUUAUUUAUCACCCUUGGCCGGGCGGCCACACCACGCCCCGUGUGUCCCCGGACGGGCCCUCUGCUGUCUCCCACGCUCCUCCCAGGCACCGCCCACCACCCUCCCGUGGCUCACACGCAACGCAGACUUUUGCUCAAUAAAAUGUUUGAGGAUCGCUGGA